CGGCCGUUUGGUUGCACUGCAUUCCAUGAUGUCAAAAUUCGUUUUCAUUGAGGACCUACAAGCCGGUAGUCAAAUUUCUGUUUGAAACGAUGUUCGGUCCGAUCUGAUUCAUCCAAUUCAAUGGACACCAAGUAAUCAUGAAAGACUCGCCGUCAAACAGAGCGGCAGACAGAAUGUCAGCGUUGAGUGCAUCGAAGAGGAAGGGCACUCCGUCACUUGCAAAGAAGAAGAAAAGGCUGAAGCCUCCAGCAAAGAAAAAGGGCACAGAAACUCCAAGAAGCACAAGGGGUUCCUCGCUGUGGGAUUUGGUACCCACUKCACGAGAGGCAUUCGUGAAACGGAUUCCUGCUCCGAUAUCCACCACCGCUUUGCGUCGUUGCGCUGCUCACAAGGCAUUCCCAAAAGAUUUUCAACGUAGCUUCCCCAGCAUGAUGGAGUUUUACAUACUUAUGUUGGAGCGCCAGUGUAUAUUCGGAAAGAACAAGAAUGCCACAUCCAGCAGAGUCCUGCGGGACUAUCACUUCUGCAACAAUUAUAGGGAGCUCGAUCGCGGGACGGCCUUCUUUCGAUCACAGGUUUUACAACUGUACUUUGAUGCUGGUGAUGGCGGCAAACGAUCGCAUCYACAGCAGGACGAGAGCAACAUUUUUGCACAAAGAGUUUCUUCCAAUGGCUGGACACAAUUGGACUGGACGGAACAAGUCCUCGCGAUGUCGUACUACUAUCGCCUUUGCAACCGCAUCGAUUCCUUCUCUCACAAAGACAACCCCCUGAUUCCGUUGGGAAACAUGAUCCCUAGGUUGGGUCAAUUCACGGACGAAUUUGCGGCCUAUGUGCGAAGCUUUAAGACUCGAAAGGAGGUAUUUUUCACUGCGGCACACCAGACCACCAAUUAUGAAUCGUAUAUAUGCUGGUGCCAAGAGACGAACCACAAGGUCGACAGAGGCGACGACAAGGUGAACCGCGUUGGUCCCAGUAUUCUAAGGCAACUAGCUAGCGASGUGCUCAAGGCRACCAUAGCAAACGACGGCUAUGACUUGCAAAGAGCAUGCWAUGUCAUAACAAAAUUGAAGGGUGUCCGAAACUUUUUUGCCUGGCAAAUUGUCUGCGAUUUGGAAGAAUCGGGUUGUUUCGGUUCAAAAGGGAAACAAUGCGAUGAUUUCUGCUUGUUGGGCCCCGGUGCCGAGAGUGGUCUAACGCGGAUCUUUGGGAAGAAACUCGUUGAUCGAGCACCAAUGCAGCUCUGCAAAUUUCUUCGAGACAAUAUAGACAYAUGCUUASGUUUAGCUGGCCAAUYAUUUCCCUAYUGGAGAGGCCGCCCCGUGACGCUAAAAAUGAUUGAGCACAGUCUAUGCGAAUACGAUAAAUUCAUUCGUAUCGAUGGCGGGAGCCGGCUCCGCAAACGCAAGAGUGCUUCCCAUUCGGAUGGCAGAAAAUGCCAGAGGUGCCGCAAAACCGUGGGAUUCCCGGCGGCCAAGGGCUCUGCGAGAUGCGAUUCUUGUCACGCAAUGUUUUGUUCGAAUUGCGCCGGCGACUACAAAAAAGAAAAAAGCUGCAACGAGCUCCACAAAAACAAGCUAUAUGCGUUCAAUUACUGCAGCCGCUGUCACAUUCUAGAUAUAUUAGAAUUUCAUUGAAGAUGCCCCGGAGGCUUAUUGCAAAGUUGAUAAAUGGCAACAGUAUUCUCCGAGGUUUUGGGUGYAUUCAGAAUACAUAUCAAAACGUCAAUUUUCGUUCUCAGAGAGGGUGUUCUUCCAACCACUUUUUGGCCUCCGGUGSAAGUUCUUCCAAGGGUCCCACCUUUGUCAGAGUCAUUUCGAAGUACAGCGUAGCUUUUCCAGGUAUUGGCCCAACGCCCUUGUCACCGUAGCCAAGUUCUGGAGGCACAACUAGUUUUCUCGACUCUCCUUCCUUCAUGUCGAUCAGCGCAAGAUCCCAUCCCCGAAUUACUUGGCUCACACCGGCUCGAACCUUGAAUGGUUGGUCGCCAAAAACUGGCUUUUUGCURCUAUCGAUCUGUUUCGCUUUUUCUCCGGUUUCUUCGCCCGGAAAGCCAUUGAUCCAUAGCGUGUAACUGGUUUCAAUUUUCUGUCCUCGCUCUGGCUUCGGCCCCGAGCCCUCGUUGGUAAUGAUGUAUUUGAGUCCCUCGGGACCAUUCUGAUACUCCUGUGCCGCAAAAGCCACAGAAGCAUCCAAAGCGAGAACGGAGGAUGCUGCGGUCGCCGCCACAACCUUGGCAGAGUGCGCCAAAAUAUCACGGCGGCUACCGGUACUGGUCGACGAUGGGAGCGACAGAGAAGUGACAGAACAAAUGCUGGAUUGGAGGACCGACAGAAAGAUCGCCGAUCCCACGACGGCAAUUUUGAGAAAAGUCAUUGCUGUUGACCUUUCCAAGAGACGGACGGAUAAUACCGAGCAAUUCGAGGCGCAGUGUUUGAUGCAACAGUGUUUAGAUUCAAAUCCGGAUAUGAAGCGUCCGAAAASAUUGUGGGGAGUGAUUUGAUAAAUGUACCAGUGCCAUUCUCGUACCUACUCGUACUUGAAGUCGUAGUGUAAAUAUUACUUCCUACGUACUAGUAUUAUUUUUUGAACGUGACAAGAAGAUACCAUAUCGUACCGUGCAGGUGUGGCAGAAACUACGAACUCGUACGAUACGGUAGGUACUGGUACCUKGUAGGGACAAAAGCGAACAGGAGGGCUUGCAAAAUAGAUAUUUCAACCGCAC